UUCGAGGCUUCUCCCCUCUCGUUUUCUUCCAUAUCUAUACAUCUCUCUGUGCGGCGCAGUCACGAUUUGGUGGUACUUGUCACAUUGACUCCUUUGCUUUUUGCUUCUGUGUGAUCUGUGUCGAGGUUUUUUUGUUCUCAGGAAAGAUGAUUUACGACGUGAACUCCGCUUUGUUCCGGUCCUUUUUGAGCCAGAAGGGCGCUGCGGACAAGCGCAAGCCUGAUAUUCAGCAGUCGGGCAACCAACAGCGGGCGCCCAAGGCGAACGAAAACAAGCCUGUAAUGAACGAGUGAUCGCCAACUCACAGUGGAUCCUUGUCUCCCUGAUGGCGAGGAGGCGGCGGAAGGAGUGAUCUGUUUUGAGCGUUCUGGAAAGAUGGAGAACUUACUCGGCAUCAUUAUUAGGGUUUCUCAUAGCCUUUUAACAAUGGAUGGUGGGGUAGGCUAGUGCUGCAGGCGGUCUUGCGAGAGAAAUACGUGUCUUGGUAUUUUGGUAUUGUCUUGCAGAAGAGCGGAGAUGAUGGGUGCUUCGUUCCUAAUUACGAAAUGUUCAUCUUGUCAGUAGCAGGGGUAUUCCAUGAUACUGGGUUGCACAUUGCAUACUGCCGACGGCAGAUGCUUCACCGGAAACAGUUGCUUCUUAGACGUUACUGUGGUAUUCAAUCAAGAGUAAUCCAUGGUCUCUUCCUGGAGUGGAAUAUAAUAACCUAUGGAGUUCUCCGCCCAUUUCGGUGUUCA